GACGUGGAGCAGUCGCAUCCGGCUGGGUCUCCUCUCUUUUUCUCUCGCUCGCUCCCGCACACGGUACAGUGGCUAACGGUACUUGAGGGUAGCGCGCGCGAAACACCGCACAUACACGCACCGUUGCGACGUGAUUUGCUUUGUGUGGUAUGUUGUGGUGUGCUGUGGUGUUGUGGAACGUUUUAUUCUAUUUUGCACUGAUAUUUCGCGACAUGAAGCAAUGAGUACACGCCCCAAAACACCGCGCUCUCCAAGCAGCAAGGCGCCGCCCGGGUAUCAGUGCCACAGUGAUCAUUGCUGGGUGUAGUAUUUUAUUACCAUCGUUGUGUGUCUCGUACGUGAGUGUGUGUGUGCUUAAUUUUAGAGUGAUUUUCCUUACCGGUUAAUGUGUGUGCCAAACGAUCGUAGUCAGUGUGCCGUGCCCGAUCGUGCUAUGAAGCUGUUUGGAAAACGUUCAAUUACGCGGAAAAAUUCUUAACGUUUGUGCAAACCAACAAAAAGAAGAAGAAGAAGAAGAAAAUAGUGCAAGUGUAGGUGUGAAAAGCCCGCCAACACCAGGAUGGAAGCGAUCACAAGAAAGCUGCCCCCGAACCCGCGACAAAAUGCAAGCAUCCUGUCCGCGCUGACCUUCUGGUGGACGAUCGAUCUGUUCCGGAAAGGGUACAGCAAGGUGCUGGAGCUGCAGGAUCUGUUUCGCCCGCUAGAUGUCGAUCGGUCCGACGUGCUCGGCGAUCGGUUGGAAAAAAAAUGGUUCGAACAGCAGGCCGGCCCUGGCCGACCGUCGCUGGUGAAAGCGAUCUUCAAGACGUUCUGGCGCGAGUACGGUGUGCUCGGGUUCAUCACCAUCAUCAACGAUAUCGUGAUCCGGCUGGCACAGCCCAUCUUUCUCGGCUGGCUGCUGAUGUACUUCCGGAAGGACACGGAGGUAACGCGCGAAAGCGCCUUCCUGUACGCCGGUGCGAUCGUGCUGCUGAACGCGCUGAGCGUGAUCACGAUCAAUCAGUACGUGCUGGGCAGCUUCCAGAACGGUAUGAAGGUGCGGAUUGCGGUGUGCAGCGUGAUCUACCGCAAAGCGCUUCGGCUGUCCCGCACGGCCCUGGGCGAUACGGCGCCGGGGAAGGUGGUGAACCUGCUGUCGAACGACGUGAACCGGUUCGACAUCGUGUCCGUCUUUCUGCACUCGAUGUGGUCGGCACCGCUGCUCGCCAUCAUCAUCGGGGUGCUGCUGUACCUCGAGAUCGGCGUCGCCGGGCUGAUCGGCAUGAUCGUGAUCUUCAUCGUGACGCCGAUCCAGUCGUACACGGGCAAGCUGACGAGCCGGUUCCGGCUGCAGACGGCGCUCCGGACGGACGAGCGCAUCCGGCUGAUGGACGAAAUCAUCUCCGGCAUCCAGGUGAUCAAGAUGUACGCCUGGGAGCGGCCGUUCGCGAAGCUGAUCCGGCACGCGCGCCAGAUGGAGCUGAAGAUCGUGCGCAAAAGUGCGUACGUGCGCGGCCUGUACAUGACGUUUCUGCUGUUCACCACCCGGACCGCGCUGUUCUGCACGAUGAUGGCGAUGGCGCUGCUCGGGGACGAGCUGACGGCGGCCCGCGUCUUCGUGGUCGCGACGUACUUCCACAUCCUGGCGAACACGAUGUCGGCGAUGUUUGUGCGCGGCAUUGCGGAGAUUGCGGAGGCGAUGGUGGCGAUGCGCCGGCUGGAGCGCUUUCUCGAGUUUGAGGAGCGCGAGACGGAGGCGCUGCCGGACGGCAAGUCCCACCUGCUGGCCGAGUUUGGGCUGAACGGGGACGCGACCGAGAAGCAGCGGCUGAUCGAAUCGGAAACGCAGCUCCCGCCCACGAUUGCCGUCUCGCUGAAGGGUGUUACCGCGCGGUGGGGUGCCGUCCGCCGGCAGGACGACUUUCCGCGCAAGGCGGGUGCCAAGCAAGCGAACGGCAAGCUGCAGCAGGACGGGCAGGGAGCGCCGGACGAACUGCCACCGGUAACGCUGUCCAACCUGAACAUUGACUUCCGCAAGGGACUGCUGAUCGGUGUGAUCGGGCCGGUCGGUUCGGGCAAAUCGUCCCUGCUGCAGGCGAUCCUGCGCGAGCUGCCGCUGGAGUCGGGCAGCGUGGUAGCGCAGGGCCGGUUCGCGUACGUCAGCCAGGAGCCGUGGGUGUUUUCCGGCACGGUGCGGCAGAACAUUCUGUUCGGGCAGCCGAUGGAGAAGGAGCGCUACGAGGCGGUCGUGCGGGCCUGUGCGCUGGUGACGGACUUUGAGCAGCUGCCCGACGGCGACCGGACGAUGAUUGGCGAGCGGGGGGCAGCCCUGUCUGGUGGGCAAAAGGCACGCAUCAGCUUGGCCCGGGCGGUGUACCGGCGGGCGGACGUGUACCUGCUGGACGAUCCGCUCAGCGCGGUGGACGCGCACGUCGGGCGCCACCUGUUCGAUCUGUGUCUGGGGCCGCAGGGACGGCUCGGGACGCUGCGGGCGACGCGCAUCCUCGUCACGCACCAGGUGCACUUCCUCAAGGAGGCGGACUGGGUGGUGGUGCUGAACGAGGGCCGGGUGCAGGCGCAGGGCACGCCGCACGAUCUGGUGCAGAGUGGGAUCGACUUUGUGGAGCUGGUCGAACGGAAGGAGGUUGAAGGCAGCGAGCUGGAGGGUGGUGGUGGUGGUGAUGGGGAUGGUUCGGUUGGAGGGGGCGAUCGGCGAAGCCGGCGGGAUUCGCGUGCUUCCGCCCGUUCGGGUGGUUCGUCCGUGCAUGCCGAUGUAAGCGAUGAGGAGGAGCGUGACCUGGCGGCCGACGCACCGGUCCAGAGCAACAUGGAGGGUACGUCCCGGGGGAAGGUGCAGGGUUCGCUGCUGCUGAGCUAUCUGGGCAGCGGGGCAAACGGGCUGAUAAUGUGCGGACUGUUGGCACUGUUUCUAGCGACGCAGCUCGCGGCGAGUGGGGCCGAUUAUUGGGUUGCCUUCUGGACUUCACAGGAAGAGCAGCGACUGUUCCGAGCGGCACACAACUUGUCCGCCGGCCCGGAAGCGGCCACCGACGAGCUGCCGCCACUGCUCAGCACGGAAACCUGCAUGGCCAUCCAUGGUGCGCUGGUGGGCAGCAUCUUUCUCAUCGCCAUCACCAGAUCGAUCAGCUUCUAUCAGACCUCCGUGCGGGCGUCGCAAAACCUGCACGAUGCCAUGUUUGCCGGCUGCGUGUCCACCACGAUGCGCUUCUACGACACGAACCCGUCCGGUCGCAUCCUGAACCGCUUCUCGAAGGACAUGGGCUCGGUGGACGAGCUGCUGCCGAAAGCGAUGCUCGACGCGUCGCAAAUCAUUCUCAGCCUGUGCGGUACGCUGGUCGUGACGGUGCUCGUCAACCCACUGUUUCUCGUACCGCUAGCCCUGCUCGGCGUCGUGUUCUGGUUCGUGCGCCGGAUCUAUCUGAAAACGUCGAAAAACAUCAAGCGGCUGGAGGGCAUUACGCGCUCGCCCGUCUUCUCGCACCUGUCGGCGUCGCUGGCCGGGCUGCCGACGAUACGGGCGUUCGGUGCGCAGGGCGAGCUGAUCCGCGAGUUCGACGCCCAUCAGGACAUACACACGGCCUCGUUCUACAUGUUCAUCACCGCCAGCACGGCGUUCGGCUUUGCGCUCGAUCUGCUCUGUCUGAUCUUUGUGUUUAUCGUGGUGUUUAGCUUCCUGCUGGUCGAGCAGGACACGUUCGGCGAUCGGGUGGGGCUGGCGAUCACGCAAGCGAUGGCCCUGACCGGCAUGAUGCAGUGGGGCAUCCGGCAGAGUGCCGAGGUCGCUAACUUUAUGAUGUCGGUCGAGCGGCUGCUGGAGUACCGGGAUCUAGCACCCGAGCGGCAGCCGGAGCGACCGCGCGCACUGAACGCGGGCUGGCCCGCGGAGGGUCGGAUCGAGUUCCGCAGCGUCACGUACCGGUACUUCGAGGGAGCGCAGGCCGUACUGCGCGAUCUGUCGUUUGAGAUACGGCCGCGCGAAAAGGUUGGCAUCGUGGGGCGCACCGGGGCGGGUAAAUCGUCCCUGAUUGGGGCGCUGUUCCGGCUGGCACAGGUCGAGGGCGAGAUACGGCUGGACGGGAUCGAUACGGCGGACAUCACGCUCGAGCAGCUCCGCUCGAAGGUGUCGAUCAUACCGCAGGAUCCGGUCCUGUUUUCGGGCACGCUGCGCCGCAAUCUCGACCCGUUCGAGGACUACCCGGACGCGGAGCUGUGGGGUGCGCUGGAGCAGGUGGAGCUGAAGGAGCUGGCCAACACGCCGGCCGGGCUGCAGAUGGCGGUGGCGGCCGGUGGUUCCAACUUUAGCGUCGGCCAGCGGCAGUUGAUCUGUCUCGCUCGUGCCAUUCUGCGCAACAACCGCAUCCUGGUGCUGGACGAAGCCACCGCCAAUGUUGACCCAAACACGGAUCGGUUAAUACAGGAAACGAUACGGCACAAGUUUGCCGACUGUACUGUGCUGACGAUCGCCCACCGGCUCAACACGAUCAUGGACUCGGACCGGGUGCUAGUGAUGGAUGCGGGCCAGGCCGUCGAGCUCGGUACGCCGCACGAGCUGCUGCAGCUGCCGAUCAGCAUCUUCCGCGACAUGGUGCUCGCGACCGGGCCGGCCGAAUCGGAACGGCUGCAGCAGAUCGCACUGCACAAGCACGAACAGCAACCGCUGGCGGCGUCUGACUAAUUCUGUGCAUUCUGUGUGUAUAGGAAUAGGAGUUAAAAAGUGUCCUUAUUAGUGGGUGAAGCGCGUACGUGUGCUGCGUGAAUCUCUCGUGCGUACGAUGCGUGUACGCGGGCGGACGUUUGAGCGCGUAAGGAUACACCAACUGCCGACUGCUGUCACUACCCUGUACACUGUGUGUGUGCGUGUGUGUCCAGUGUGUGGUAGGUGUCGUUUAGCGUACCGGAAAUGUCGAAAUGGCGAGUACAAUUAUCGAAUGUAGUGGCGCAGGAAGGAAGGACGCGUGCCAAAAGGCGGCUACAUUUGCUUCCGGUUGUUUUUUUUAACCAAGCCCCGUACAAUGUUACCCAUAUUAUUAGGUAGACGAAAGUGUAGGAUACAAAAGCCGAACAAACGUAGUUAUAUGCCUUACGAGUUAUGUACUAGAUAUGCAUACCGUUGUUUUAAUUGUAUAACUCUACCGUAGCGUGGUAAUAGGAACGAUAAAACAGUUGAAAAAUGUUACAAUUUUG